GAAUUGUUGAAACAGUAAAACUAAAAGUCUUUGCAGAUACUACAACAAGACUACAAAUCUUAGUGCUCCGUAUCCAGUCUCCAGCCAGGCAUUGUUUCUCAUCAUCAUCACCAUCAUCUCUCAUCGCAUCGUUUAGCACCGACCGUGCUCUGGGUACAAGUGCAAGCAUGGCGGCGAAUGCUACAAUUGCUAAAGGUGCAGUAGUUUGUAAAGAAGCCAUCCUGAAAGGUGAUGUGACGAUAGGAACCGGUACAGUCGUACAUCCCAAAGCACUCAUACAUGCGGAAGCCGGACCUAUUGUCAUCGGCAACAACAAUAUCAUCGAGGAGCAAGUCGUCAUCCAUAACCGCCCACAACCAGUUGCUGAAGGAGAGACUGCGCCGAAAGACAAGCUCACCAUGGAAAUUGGCAGCAGCAAUGUGUUUGAAGUGGGUUGCCGUUGUGAAUCAUUACACAUUGGAGAUAACAACACGCUAGAGUCGAAAUGUCAUAUUGGUGUGAAGUCAGCCAUGACCAGUGGUUGUGUUCUGGGAGCAUGCUGUCAUCUGACCAGUCAAGAGACACUGCCUGAGAAUACGGUAGUCUUUGGCGAGGGCAAUCUGCGUCGAGUGCAAGGUGAUAAACCCACGGCACCGACAUUACAGCUGGACUUCCUAACGAAGAUAUUGCCAAAUUACCAUCACCUGCAGACGUCGCAGUCGGCAGCCCCAGCAGCAGCAGCAGCAGGAACAUCUUGACCAAAACUAUACUUGCCGUAUCCACCCUUUGUAGUCGUCUGAUUUUGCUGCAAACCAGCAUUUGUUGAUUGCGAGUCCCCCGAUACCAUUGACUAGAUCAGCGUACUGGUUGCCUUAUCGAAACCUAUCAAUUUCCUCUGCAUGUUCUGCUGCGGGACAUGUUAUCGUGUCGCAUUCUUUCACCUGCUGAUCAUAUAGCACAGAUAUUGUUUUAAUAUUGUACUCAGCAGAGUGAUGCUGCUGUGCGUGUUCACACCAGGUCGGUACAUUGUGGAUAUAUGCAUCAGAGACUGCUAUAGGUACCGGUAGCCGUCCACGAUAUCUCUUAUGAGGCACUUCGCGCAAGUUUUCUGCUUACCCCGGACGCCAGAACUUUCUCACCUAUUGCUCGGAAGUGCCCGUUCAAGGCUAUAAAGCCUAUAAUCUCUGUUGCUGCAUAAUCUCUGUUGCUAGGAAAUGCCUGUACACGGCUAUAAUCUCUGUUACUAGCAAAUGCCUGUACACGGCUAUAAUCUCUGUUACUAGCAAAUGCCUGUACACGGCUAUAAUCUCUGUUGCUAGGAAAUGCCUGUACACGGCUAUAAUCUCUGUUGCUAGCAAAUGCCUGUUCAAGGCUAUAAUCUCUGUUGCUAGGAAAUGCCUGUACAAGGCAAUAAUGCCAUCGGCAUACCUCAGUCUGACAUGCUGAACUGUUCACCUCGGCGCUCCACAAGCGUAUUGCGUAUUGUUUUCCUGCUGCUAUGCCAUCACCUCCACAGUAGGUAGGUAUAAUCAGACGUUCACCGGUCAAUCAUGUAUUUGAUUGUAUAAAGUAUUGACUUGUCUUCUUGUUGUGCAUGUCGACCUCUUGUUACUGCGGCCUCAUGAUAUUACACUUUUCAUAUCAUGGAUGAUAAUAAUCAUAAAUUUUGUCAUAAUAUCAUGGAUGGUGUCAAUCUGGCAAACAAUUGUCGCUGCUGGUAACACUGUAGUUAGAACACACACACACACCUGGUCCUGGUCCUGGUAUACACUGCCAUGUAGGUCACGUGUUUCUCGUUGAGCGAGACGGAGACGAGAGGAGACAUGAGCGUUGGUGACGGGAUAAGUCGUUUCGCCUUUUGAAACGCCUCCGGCAAUUCUGACAUUGCAAUUGGAACUUGUCCCUUUCAUCAGCAGUUGGGCGCCUGGUGGAUCGGUUGCAGUUGUGGAUACACACACACACACACACACACACACACACACACACACGCGCGCGUUAUUUGUUUCUUACAUGGCUGCAAUCUGAUGUGUUUGUGGCACAUUCUGACAUCGUUCUUGUAUCGUGUGAUCCAGAACUUUGCUUUUCUA